GGCCGGCGCCGAGCGCUGGCUCCAGCUCCAGCCGCAGGCGCUGCGCUGGGGUUGGCGAGGCACGGUGGGCCGCUGCUGUCAUCGCCAGCUCGGAGUGCAGGUGAGCCCGGUGUCGGGUGGACGCGUGUCGGUAACUUCACCCCGGGGGAGAGGCCGCUUGGGCUGCAGGGCGAGGGGUCGGGCUGCAGGCCGCGGGGUCCGCUCCCGUCCCAGCUUGGAGGUGGUGACCGCCAGCACGUCCGCGGAGGCCUCCCAAUCCUCCGUGCCAGCGGUUUGGUGUUGGCCAGGUCACUGGGUUCACGGUACUGCUGGCAAACCUGCACCCAGCCGGUGGGCUUGGCCGACUUCCUCUCCUGGGAGACGCCUGCAUUGAGCCCUUGGCUUCCAUCUCCUGGGAACGCUGCUGAGCGUGAAGUGCUCCGUGCAAAGCAUGGAGAUGUCAAGGGUGCUAUUGCACGGUUGAAGACUCGAGAACUACAGGGCACAGGCUUAAGAAUCAGCCAAUAAUUGCAAUGAUUCUUCAGUUUACCACCAGGAAGCUUGUUCCACAGGUGGGCAAUUGCCUUAAGCAAUCUUCCAAGCUUUGGAUGACCAAAAUUGAAAUAAUGCGCCCAAGUUCAGAUUUGGCUGCAUUUCGGGAAGUCUUUGCAAAAGCCAAGCAUAUAACCAUUAUAACAGGUGCUGGAGCUAGUGCUGAGAGUGGAGUCCCCACCUUCCGUGGAGCAGGUGGUUUCUGGAGAAAAUGGCAAGCCCAGGAUUUGGCUACCCCAGAAGCAUUUUCACGAAAUCCUUCUCGAGUAUGGGAAUUCUAUCACUACCGUCGUGAACUGAUGCUGAGUAAAAGCCCAAAUUCUGCACACAUUGCUAUUGCUGAAUGCGAAGCUAGACUGAGUAAGCAAGGCCGAAAAGUUGUGGUUAUCACUCAGAACAUUGACGAGCUUCACAAAAGAGCAGGAUCAAAAAAUAUUUAUGAAAUUCAUGGCAGCUUAUUCAAAACGCGUUGCACAAGCUGUAAAAAUGUAUCAGAGAAUUACAAGAGUCCAAUCUGUCCGGCCUUAGCUGGAAAAGGUGCACCAGAUCCCGAUACGGAAGAUGCCAGAAUCCCAGUUGAGAACCUUCCCAGGUGUGAAGAGGUGGGUUGCAAUGGUCUGCUUCGCCCGCACGUUGUGUGGUUUGGAGAGACUCUAGAUUCAGAUGUCCUGAUGGAAGUGAACAAGGAACUAGAGAUUUGUGACCUUUGUCUUUUGGUUGGGACAUCAUCAAUCGUCUAUCCAGCAGCAUUGUUUGCUCCUCAGGUAGCUGCAAGGGGUGUGCCAGUUGCAGAGUUCAAUACUAAAAUCUCAAAUGCCACUACAGAAUUCAGAUUUUAUUUUGAAGGUCCAUGUGGAACAACACUACCACCAGCGCUGGAUCGUCACAAAAGUGAAGUAAUUUUUUAAGGAAAUUACACAAACAUUCACAACCAGGCAAUGAACAAUUAAUGAGUCAUAUUUUAAGAUUAAGCACUUUAACAAAUUGUGGUGUUUUCAAUAAUAAGAAAUGAGUGCCACUGAUUAAAUUACAAUGCUCAGUGACACUAAAGAGUAAAUAUUUUUAGUUACAAAUGAUUAACUACGAAAUUCUUGACUGUUUCAUUCUUUAGGAUUUAUAAGGUUGUUUCUGAUGACUCCUAUCAUGAUUAGUAUUACCAGAAUCAUUGUAUGGAUGAGCAAAUUUCUCCAUAAUAAAACAACUGAAAUUGUUAA